UAUUACUUCAAAACCAUGGUCAACUCGCAUCCUAUAUAUGGCGCUGAUACGGAGGGAUCAUUCUAUGAUGAGGACGUAGCAGAGUUCAAUAUGAAGAGGCUCGGGACCAUUUUGGAUGAAACGAAAGAGCUUACCGGAGGAAAAGAGAUUAGGGGAGUUACCACGGUCUAUCUUUAUUUCGGCAUGUAUGGAGCAUCUUUUUCGUGGCAUGUGGAAGAUAUGGAGCUUUAUUCCAUCAAUUAUCUCCAUUAUGGAGCACCAAAAUACUGGUUCGCUGUUCCUCCAGAAGCUUCAACUCGCUUCGAAAGGCUCAUGCGACAGCAGUUCCCUACAUACGAUCGCCACUGUAAGGCUUUUAUGAGGCACAAGAGUUUCUCCGUCCUUCCGGCGCUUUUGGAUAUGCACAGGAUUCCAUAUGGGACGAUGACGCAGCAUCCCAAUGAGUUUAUCAUAACUUUCCCUCAUGGCUAUCAUAUGGGCUUUAAUUUGGGUUACAAUAUCGCGGAAAGCACCAAUUUUGCGACAGAUCGAUGGAUAGACUUCGGAAAGAAUGCUGUGCUAUGUAAAUGCCGUUCAGACACGGUAGAAAUUGAUAUGACGCCGUACAUGCAGAAAUAUCGUCGAGAUGACUACGAAAGGUGGUAUUCUUACUGGUAUAUGCCCAAAGCAACCCCAUGCUUUGAUAGCGCUCAGUGCAGUACGAAAACGAAGGAAGGACGAGUUUGGGACCAUCAGGCAUACGAGGCAUUCAACUGCUUACAGGAAAAGGCGGCGUAG